CAUCAGUUUCACAAUUCUGUUAAAAUCGAAAAAAUUUAAAAUGAAUUUCUUUUCAAUCUUCGCCGUCAUCGCCCUAAUUUUGGCCAUCAGCUUUGGACAGUCGGAGGGCCACAUUAUUAAAUUUUUAGACCAACUCGAACAAGGAGCCCAUAAACUCGCGCAGGGCGGCAUCAAACUGGUCAAGCCCAUUGAAGAUAUGUUUAGCGGUAGUUCCUCCUAAAGCUCUAUUGCUCUAAUUUUUAAAUUGUCAAUAAAUUGUUCAACGAAAAUAAAUUAUCCAACAUUUAAAAAA